AUGGAUAGUUAUUCUGAUGAUUUGAGCUUACAAACGCUGAUCCAAGAGCAUACAAGAUCAAAUGUUACAGUUAAUUUUGUCAAAACCCUCCGCCGCUUAGCACAAAAUAAUAAGGAUAGCCAAGAGAACUUCCUAAAAGGUUGUCAAGCAUUGGGGAAAUUUUUUAAUCAAGAUAAAUUCUUAAUUGAUCUUCAUUUUAAGCUUAUCAGGAAUGAAUCAUCUUCCAGAAUUCAUGGGUCUACAGGGCAGACCAAUAUUACAGGAACAAACCACAUUCUACAGCCUCAACACACAAAGAAAAAAAUUAAAUUAAGAAAGCCGAUACAUUAUGAUGAUGACGAAAACGUUGAUGAUUAUAAUACUGAUCUAUUAAAUAGCAAUAAUAGUAAAUUAGAUCCUUUAAGUGAUCGUAAAUCUAAGCCUGAAUCUAAUAAUGACGGUAAGUCAAAUGGAAUGGACAAUAGUAAUCAAGCAAGGCCCAAAGUAACUUUACAAAAAAUUAGUAAGAGCAAGGCAUUGGAACAUAAUACAUACUCUUCUGUUCCUCCUAGUAAAGAAAAUAUAUUAAAGAUAAAUGAACAAAGGUGGAGCAAUGAGCUAGACAAAUCUGAGUUAUCACAACCUAAAAGCAACAUUAACACAUCAUCUUCAGGCGGUAUUUCUGCUCAUCACAUAUUAGAAGGCUAUUCAAGCGAAGAAAAUGAUUUUAGCUCUCAAAAUGAACCUGAGUUCUAUUCUGAUGAAGAAUUAUUAGCUGAAGAUCGUGAAUGGUAUGAUCACGAUGAUGACUAUGGAAACCCUAUUUAUGCAAAUCAGGAACUAAACGGUCAUUUUAAUCUUCCAUCUGAAAAUACAUCUAAUAACAAAAUGGUACUUGAUUCGGUCGAUGAAAAUAUUCAAAUUAUGACAACUCCUCUGAAUAAACGAAAAGACUUGUUACCUUGGUUUUUGAAGAAUUAUGCAAUUGAACACAAUAUCGAAAAUGCUGCCAUUAUAGGCUCUUUAAGUCAUUCUAACAAUGAUGGCUUAAUUGAUCCCUAUCGAAAACCAAAUGGAUUAUUUGCUGUCAAUGCAAGAAAAGGAAGUUAUUUAGUAUCUAAUCAUAGGAGAUUACAUGAGAGAAAUGAAAUUCAAAAAGAAUCUACUAAUAUAGUGGGCACAAUGCUUGGGAAUAUACUAGGCGCGGAAGAGCAGAACCAUGAUGAUAAGAACAGAAAUCAGCGAACGGAAGAUGAUGUUACCUAUACAAAUAAAAAUGAUAUUAAAAGGCUUAGAGAAUCAUUACCUGUUUACAAUGUGAGAUCUCCCCUCUUACAAGUUAUUCGUGAAAAUCAAGUAUGUGUAAUUAUUGGGGAAACUGGCUCUGGUAAAACUACACAAUUGGCGCAAUAUUUAUAUGAAGAGGGAUUUUGUAUGUCUGGUAAACAGAUUAUUUGUACCCAGCCUCGUAGAGUUGCUGCCAUGUCAGUAGCAAAGAGAGUUGCUCAAGAAAUGGGCGUAGAAUUAGGCGAUAAGGUUGGUUAUGUAAUAAGAUUCGAAGAUAAAACGUCUAGAAAUACUCAGAUAAAAUUCAUGACCGAUGGUAUUUUAUUAAGAGAGUCAUUAUUAGAUAAAAAUCUAGAUAAAUAUAGCUGUGUCAUUAUUGAUGAGGCACACGAACGAACGUUAAAUACAGAUGUGUUACUUGGGUUAUUUAAACAGUUACUUUCUAGACGAAUGGAUAUAAAAAUUAUUAUAACGUCAGCUACUAUCAAUGCAGAUAAAUUUUCUGAAUUUUUUGGUGGUGCACCUCAAUUUAAAAUCCCAGGUAGAACUUAUCCUGUUGAGUUAAUAUAUUCGAAACAUCCAGUAAGUGAUUAUGUAGAAGCAGCGGUAUCAACAGCAAUGCAAAUACAUAUGUCAUCGCCUGUCAAUAGUGGUGAUAUUUUAAUCUUUAUGACUGGUCAGGAAGAUAUUGAAACAACAGCCUCUGAAAUUAGAUCAAAACUAUUAGAAGUUUAUUCCAAAAAGUACCAAAUAACUAGACAUGAUGAAAUAAAUGAUGUAGAAGUUUUCCCAAUUUAUUCUGCUCUGCCAGCAGAUAUUCAAUCUAAAAUAUUUAUUAAUUUUGAAGGUAAAAAGAGAAAAAUCAUUAUUGCAACAAACAUUGCUGAAACAUCUUUAACUAUUGAUGGUAUAAGAUAUGUAAUUGAUACUGGAUAUUCGAAAUUAAAAGUUUAUAAUCCUCGAAUUGGGCUGGAUAGUUUAGUUGUAACGCCUAUUGCUGUUGCAAAUGCAAACCAAAGAUCAGGUAGAGCAGGCCGUACGGCAGCAGGGACAGCAUAUAGAUUAUAUACUGAAGGGACACUAGCUGAAGAUAUGUAUAUUCAGCCAGUACCAGAAAUUCAAAGGACCAAUUUAUCAAAUAUUACUUUAUUAUUGAAAUCUUUGGAGAUCAAUGAUAUUCUGAAAUUUCCAUUUCUUGAUAAACCUCCAACACAAUCAUUUAUUUCAUCAUUAUAUGAGCUUUGGUUUAUCGGUGCUCUUUCAAACAAGGGUGAGCUAACGACAUUGGGGAAAGCGAUGACAAAAUUCCCUUUACAACCAACCUUGGCUAAAAUUUUACUACUUUCAUCAAAAAAUGGUUGUAGUGAAGAAAUGUUAACAAUUGUCUCAAUGCUUUCGAUUCCACAAGUAUUUUACAGGCCUAAGGAAAGAGAAACCGAGAGUGAUAAAGCUCGUAUGAGAUUUUUCAUUAACGAAUCAGAUCAUCUAACUUUAUUAAAUGUCUAUUCGCAAUGGAAAGCUAAUAAAUUCUCAAAAAUUUGGUGCACAAGGAACUUUUUACAGUAUAAAUCUUUGAAAAGGGUUCAUGAGAUUAGAGCACAAUUGAAACAGUUGAUGGAUAUUAAUAAAAUACCUGUUGUUUCGUCAGGUAAGGAUUGGGAUAUAAUUCGUAAGACAAUUUGUAGUGGUUUUUCUCACCAAUCAGCUAAAUUAGUUGGAUUGGGGAAAUACAUUCAGUUAAGAACCGGUAUGGAAGUCAAAUUACAUCCAACAAGUUCAUUAUAUGGUUUGGGGAAUUUGCCAAAAUAUGUUGUUUAUAACGAAUUAUUAAUGACUGGAAAUCAAUAUAUAUGCUGUGUUACUACUGUUGAUCCAUUCUGGUUGAUGGACUACGGUAGUUUAUUAUUCGAUAUUAAACGGGUUAAGGAAAUUAAUGACCAAUAUUCUGCAAAUAUAUUUCAUUCAUAUGGCUAUGAUGAUUCGAGUGAUGAUAAAAAAGAAAUUGAUCUAAUUGAAAAAAAAUUACAGAAAUUAAUAAAAAGAAGGAAAAAAUGA